AUGGUGGAUGACAGCAUGGAGAUAGCUUCCGAGCAUGGUCACAAUACAGCCGAGGAAGAUAUCGAUAUCGAUAUCGAUCUCACUACUGGCAAUGUUGACGAAGAUGAUAUUCUAGAUGAUAUCGAUGCAGAUGCAGACUUCGAUACCAAUAUUACCGAUGUACCCGCACAUGUCGAGACAGACGAUCUGAUGGUCGACGAUGACGGUGAUGAUGCAUCAUACCAUAUGGAGGAUGCAGACUUACUGGAGGAGGAAGCCGAUGAUCACGUCAUGGAACAGGAACCUGCUGUUUUGUCGUUUGCAACCGAUGAACCUUCCGACACUUCUUUUACUGAGCUACACGCCACAGAGUCGAAUUUCGUGGGUACUGGCAUUUCCGAUCAAUUUUGGGACGAGCCACAAGAGCAAAAUGAAGUUUUGAAUGCGCAAGACAUAGAAGUAAAUAUACAUGGCUCAGAAACCGUAGUCGACAAUAGUGCCGAUAGUACAAAAAAAUCAGAUUCCAAGGACUCCAAGGAGUUUGCACCUAUUUCAUUUCCUCAUCCGCCCACUGAUGAAGACCCACAAUCCAAUAGCCCACCAAACUCCAACUACGAUGGCACUACUCAAGAAGAGCUUGAAAGCAAUGUUAAUGAGCCACCAAACCCCAACCACGAUGACACUACUCAAGAAGAGCUUGAAACCGAUGUUAAUGAGCCAACAAAAUCCAUCGAGGCAACUGAUUCAAAUAUAUAUGCGGAGGAUGGAGAACAACUUGGCUUGAGCACUGCAUCUGCUGAAAGUGCCCCAAUCGAUCUCAAUUCACAUACCGAAGGACAAGAGCAAGAGCCAGAGCCAGAACAAGAGCAUCCAGGUCUGAACACGGUCUCUGCGGAAAGUGACUUGAUCGACACAAAUAAUUCUACACUCGAGUCUACGAAAGAUUCGGAGUAUCAAUAUCAUGCUCGUGGAAUAGUAGUCAAAUACAAUAACCGAAGUUAUCCAUUGAUUAGGAAGUCUUCCACAGAUCACCCUAACGAUUUUUUCUUCGAAGAUUCCUCUGUAGUUGAGAAAACGUUAAAUGAGUUUUGCUCCGAGAUUCGUAAAGUCCUCGCAGAGGAAAACUUGCCCCAAGAUGACAAGAUAAGCCUGGUUAUCGAGGAGCUUCAGUUAGUGAUUGAAGAGACGCAACUCCCAAGCUAUCCUCCUGACUUGAGCUUAUGCCAAAUCAUUCGCCUAUAUGAACAACUAGUCAACAAUGACGGCACUGGAGAAAUCCCCCCUUUGAAUCUGAGACUCGUUAUCCAGCCUACUGGUCCUGAUAGAUUUCUAGCGCUCUCAAAAGGGGCCGCUGAGGGCAAGGGACUACUUGAAUUUGUGACUUGGGACGCCGAAAGCGAAGAUGAUCCGACCGAGUUCGGAGAUCAGACGGAACAUUAUGACAGCGAAUCCUCCCCCGACGAGUACAACACCGAGCUCGAGGAUGGAGACAAGUCUAAAAAAACCAUUGAUACACAUGACGAGAACUAUGACCCUGGUUUCAAUCAUGACCAACCAAAUCAAAACGUAAAUUCUACCAUUUCGGCCAGUGCUGAAAUUCCUCAAGUGGAGCAGGAGGAUAGGCAAGGAGAGGUUGGAAAUCAAGAGUCAGUAUCUACAACGGAUCGCAAAUCGCCCGAAACUUCGGAACAGGCCAACAACGAGACUGAAGAAGAUGGAGACUUUAUCGAUUAUGAAGAUGAAGAGGACGCCGAGAAGCCAUCGGGCGAUGGAGUUCUGAAGUCCGAGUUGCCCGAGGCCAAUGAAAGUAGGCCACACAACGAAGAAGAAUAUCCUCGAACGCUAGUCUCCAACAAAAAAGAGAAUGGUUCUGAUGAAUUAGACGACCAACUUGGCGACGAAACGACCCAUACUGAUGAAGUUGCACAACCUAAGGAAACUUUUGACGACGUAGGAAGCGACAUUGACUACGAAGAAGAGAACGCCGAUAAUAAGUUCGACGGCGAGGAAGAAGACGGAGCAGCACCAAAUGACAUUGAAAAUGCAGAAAAUGAGAUCGACUUGAACGCCACCAAUGACGAGGAUCGUGAGUAUGCCUCAUACGAGGAUAAUAACGAAAACGAACAACACGAAGAUGACAAAGGCCUUGAGUUAGCAGAUGAUAGACCAGAAAUACCUUGCGAUGUUAAUGAAAUCGAGCAGAAUGGAGACAGCGAAGGUUUAGAUCUUGCGGAUCAUACUCUGGAAAUAAAUAACGUGGAAAUUAGUUAUGACGACGAUGUUGGAGAUGGACAGCAGCAGAAUUUUGAGGGAGACGAGUUUGAUUUAGGUGUUGACGACGAAGAAACCGCGUUCCUCCAAAACUACCAAUUAGACGAUGACGACACUUUCAAUGAUAACGAACUCCUAAAUAUGUCUGUGAGCGAGGUUAUCUCCAAUACCAAUGCUACCUUCGAUGACACAGCAGCCGAGACAGACAGCGCUACGUUGAGCAAUGCUUCGAUCGCCGAACCCCAGGCAACGAAGCUUGAUCUCGACAAUCGACAAGACCAAGAAGACGAGAUCGAUUACGAUGAAGAUGAAAAUGAAGAGAAUCCCCCAUCUCUAGUAGUUGCUCCUCAGCCUCCAACUCCAAAGUCAAAUGAUUCACCCAUUUCGACCUCAGGGAAGAGACCCAGAGCUGAUGCAGACUUCGAAGAUGGCGAUGAAUCGAACAUCAAUGAAGCUAAGCGAAUCCGCUCAUGA